AUGGCCUCGGUCGCUUCCAAUCCCGCUACCGUCGAUACCCAAUCGUUUCCGCAACACCUCAACAUGCCCACUUGCAACCCCACAUCACAGACGAAGAAGAGGUCAAAGAGGAAGCAUGAAAGCCUCUCGAGCUCGCUGUGCGCUACGCUUGUUGAACACCAACUAGGCCUGUCCAUCAACGUACUCAUGCUCCUCGUCUUGACGCACGUCUGCUUCCCUAGCCUUCGCUCUUCGACAAUUCAAUACUUCACCCUGUCUUACUAUGACGCCCAAACUGGCUUCUACAACCCGGGAUGGCAGGAUUUGAAGUUUGUCUCGCUCUGCAUCAUAGUCUUCACCGGCCUCCGUGCAGCCGCCAUGGACUAUGCCCUCGUCCCAAUGGCCAGAAAAUGCGGCAUCCACAAGAAGAAGGCUACCAUUCGCUUUGCCGAGCAAGCAUGGCUUGUCCUGUAUUAUGCCACAUUCUGGUUCCUCGGAACAGUGCGUACCCCCACAACCCGAUCGUGCCGUGUGCUGCAAAAGCUAACCUACAAACCAGNNUAUCUCGUCUACGAAUCUCCAUACUUCAACAACUUGCCCGCAAUGUGGUCCGCCUUCCCGACACGCUCCAUGACCGGUCUCUUUAAACUCUACUAUCUGGCUCAAUUCGGUUUCUGGUUGCAGCAAAUUAUGGUUAUCAACAUUGAGGAGCGCAGAAAGGACCAUUGGCAGAUGUUCACCCACCACAUUAUUACAUGCCUGCUCUUGAUCGGCAGCUACGGCUACUACCAGACCAAGGUCGGUAACGUCAUCUUGUGCCUGAUGGAUGUAGUCGAUCUGGUGUUCCCUGUAAGUUUACAUGUGCGGGACUUGUCUUGUCGAGUGCUGACCACCGAUCGUGCAGNNAUUGCGAAAUUGCUCAAGUACAUGGGCAUGCAGACCGCUUGCGACAUUGCUUUUGGCGUUUUCAUGCUUUCGUGGUUCGUCGCCAGACACGUCUUCUACCUCGCCGUUUGUUGGUCCAUCUACGCCGAUGUUCCUGUCGAAAUGCCUUACGGCUGCUACAACGCUGUAACUGGUGCCAAAACCUCCGAGGAUGGCGGCAACGAGGUUCUCUCAAAUGUGCUGCACGCUUAUACCAGCGGCAACGGCGAUGUAUGCUUCAACGAAAAGAUCCACUACGGUUUCCUGGGCCUGCUUCUCGCCUUGCAGGUCAUCACAAUCAUCUGGUUUGGCAUGAUUUGCCGCGUCGCAUACCGUGUGAUCCUGGGCAAGGGAGCCGAUGAUANNCUCGUUCUGAUGACGAAGAAGAGGGAAGAGGAGGAGGAAGAUACCCUGGAUACUGUGAGAGAUUUCUCGACAAAGGAACCUGAGCUGCGGUUGGCACCGCAAGAGGAAGAGGUUGGUGUUGAGAGCCUGCGAUUCACACGCCGACCCAGCCCAGCAGCCAAGCGAACCUCUGAGAAGAGCCGUGCCAGCGGUAUCAGCAUACCCGGCAACCACAAGGAUCUGCUAGGCCGCAUCGGCUGCGACAAGCCAGCUGGCGGGUCAUGA